AUGGCUCCAGAUGAAGCCAUCACCUGGAAGAGAAAGCAGCCUGGAGUCUGUGUCAGGCUCCGCAGCUCCUCAUGGGACCAGGCGAGGCGCCUCUUCACGUGCCAUGAGGUCAUUUCCAUGGUUUUCAGAUCGCCUUUAGAGCUUUAUCCCUCCCAUUUCUUCCUGCCAAACUUCGCUGAUCGCCCUCUGCUCCUGGCGAACAGCGCUCCCUCCGCCAGGACUCCAGAAGACUUGUCCAUGUUUCAGCUGCCGACCCUCAACUUCUCCCCGGAGCAGGUGGCGAGCGUCUGCGAGACGCUGGAGGAGACCGGGGACAUAGAGCGUCUGGGCCGCUUCCUCUGGUCUCUGCCCGUGGCUCCGGGAGCAUGCGAGGCGAUCAACAAACACGAGUCCAUCCUGCGCGCCCGGGCUGUUGUUGCCUUCCACACGGGGAAUUUCAGAGACCUCUACCAUAUCCUCGAGAACCACAAGUUCACUAAAGACUCGCACGGUAAACUGCAGGCCAUGUGGCUGGAGGCACACUACCAAGAGGCCGAGAAGCUCCGCGGGCGCCCGCUUGGACCCGUAGACAAAUACCGCGUACGGAAGAAGUUUCCGCUGCCUCGGACCAUCUGGGACGGGGAGCAGAAGACGCACUGUUUCAAAGAGAGGACGCGCAGUCUGCUGCGAGAGUGGUACCUCCAGGACCCCUAUCCAAACCCCAGCAAGAAAAGGGAACUGGCACAAGCCACUGGACUCACUCCCACACAGGUCGGAAACUGGUUUAAAAACCGGAGACAACGAGACAGAGCCGCGGCAGCCAAAAACAGGCUCCAGCACCAAGCAAUAGGAGCGAGCGGCAUGAGGUCUCUGUCAGAGGCCGGCCUGACCCCACACAGCUCCGCAGAGUCGCCUUCCACGGCCGCCAGCCCCACCACCAGCGUGUCCAGUAUGACAGAGAGAGUGGACACGGGCACGUCCAUCCUCUCAGUCACAUCCAGCGACUCUGAGUGCGAUGUAUGA